AUGAGUUUCAAUAACACGACAUCCUCGCCCUCCACCUUCCUCCUCACUGCCUUCCCCGGGCUGGAACGCGCUCAUGUCUGGAUCUCCAUCCCUGUCUGCUGCCUCUAUGUCGUUGCUCUCUUGGGAAACAGCACAAUCCUGUUUAUCAUCACGGUUGAGCGGCGUCUCCACAAGCCCAUGUACUAUUUCCUCUCCAUGCUGUCAGCUGUCGACCUGUGUCUGACCAUCUCCACGCUCCCCACUGUGCUUGGGGUUCUCUGGUUUCACGCCCGGGAGAUCAGCUUUAACGCUUGCUUCAUUCAGAUGUUCUUUGUCCAUGCCUUCUCCUUCCUGGAGUCCUCGGUGCUGGCGGUCAUGGCCUUCGACCGCUUCAUGGCCAUCUGCAACCCUCUGAAAUAUGCCGCCGUCCUCAAAGGCAAAAUGAUCGUGGCGAUUGGACUGGUCAUCUUCCUCCGACAAAUACUGUUCAUCGUUCCUGUGGUUCUCUUCUUAAAGGGUGUGUCUUUCCAGGGAGGCCAGGAGCUUUCUCACCCAUUUUGUUACCACCCAGAUCUAAUCAGAUACACAAGUUCCAGCCCCUGGAUCAGCAGCUUUUUGGGUCUGUUUCUUCAACUCUACUGGACCGGUACUGACUUACUGUUCAUUCUUUUCUCCUAUGUCCUGAUUAUUCGCACCGUUCUGAGCAUCGUGGCCCCAAAGAAGCAGCGGAAGGCUCUCAGCACUUGCGUCUGUCACAUCUGCGCUGUCACGGUUUUCUACGUGCCGAUGAUCAGCCUGUCUUUCACCCACCGCCUCCUUAGCUCCACCCCAAGGGUGAUCUGUAGCAUCCUGGCCAACGUCUGUUUGCUCGUACCACCUGUACUGAACCCCAUCAUUUACAGCCUGAAGACCAAGACGAUCCGCCAGGCUCUGCUCCAGCUGCUUCGAUCCAAAAGUGCACGGGGCCGAACCAUGAGGGGCCUUAGAGGAUCAUGGGAUUGAAGGGGAGAAACUGUUGGUGCCUAAACUGUACU